UCUACGGCAUGAUACUUUGUCACUCAUUUAGCAACGAAACAGUCGUGUGUAUUGGUUCUCUGCUGACCCGUAAGUGUUUGGUCGCAGAAUAACUCUUAAAUCUCGCACACGUUCAAGCGUUAUCAUACGCAGGUGUCUUUCUAUUAAAUCAGUGUUUGCAUGCGACAUUUUAAAACGAAAAUGAAAGUUUUUAUGUUGGUGUCUCUUAUUUUAAUCUGGACAAAUUUUGGAGCAUGUGAAAUGAAACGAAAACGAAGACAAAGCGAAGACUAUGUGUGCCCUGUAAGCAGUGGUAACUACGCUGACCCCAAAUCCUGUCGUCGAUUUUAUCAGUGUGUAGAAGGUCAUCCGUUUCUGAGCCGUUGUCCUUCCUCUCUCUAUUUUGACGACAUCCAAAAACUUUGCACCUUCAAAAAUGAAGCUGUUUGCGGUCCAGUUCCUACAACUCCAGCCCCAGUAAUCGUCGAAGAGAUCGAUCGGGCUCGUAAAUGUGAUCCAGCUAAUUGCCAAUUACCUAACUGCUUCUGUUCAAGCGAUGGGACGCAAGUACCCGGUGGAUUGAAUCCUAAAGAAAUUCCGCAAAUGGUACUUAUAAGCAUGAGUGACACGGUGAAUAGCAACAAUUAUUUGGAUUUUCACAAGGUGUUUGAGAAAAGACUGAACCCAAAUGGUUGUCCGAUUUUUGGGACUUUUUUUGUAGCUCAUGAAUUCUCGAAUUACCAGAAUAUUCAACAGUUGCACCAUGAAGGACACGAAAUCGCUACCUAUAGUAUUAGCCACAGGAAAAAUUUUGACACCUUGGGAUAUGACGAAUGGGUACAAGAACAAAUUGGAAUGAGAGAAAUAUUACAGAAUUUCGCAAAUAUUUCAAAACUUGACAUCUUUGGAAUGCGAAGUCCCCAUUUGAAACCUGGCCACAAUACACAAUAUGAGGUGUUGGUUGACUACGGAUACGUCUGGGACUCAUCUGCCGCAGUACCGCCUCUAAAACUUCCCGUCUGGCCAUAUACACUAGAUUAUGCUAUUCCACAUGAAUGUCGAUCUGGGACUUGUCCAACUCGCUCAUUUCCCGGAAUAUGGGAAUUCCCUCUGAACUCUCACUACGUAAGCUCUUUCGACGGCGGAUACUGCCCAUUCAUGGAUCAAUGUGUCCUUCAUAAUCUGGACGAAAAUGAUAUUGUCGUUUGGUUGAAAGAAGACUUUCUUCGGUAUUACGACGGGAAUCGCGCGCCAUAUCUGAUGGCUUUCCACACAUCAUGGUUUCAACAUAAGACACUUGUCCGUGGGCUCCAUCUCUUUAUCGAUUGGCUGGUUGAAACACCUGACGUAUGGUUUGUGACGCACACCCAAGCGCUAUUUUGGAUAACGGAACCGAAAACGGUUAAGCAGAUGGGAAGCGUUUAUCAACCAUGGGAUUGCAAAGAACGCCUUGUGCCUCCUCCUCCUUGCAAUCUAGCAACCAGCUGUCCUUUGCCCUUUAAAGGAGAAAACGUUACGGAAACGAGAUAUAUGGCCACCUGUUUUCCGUGUCCGAAAGUUUACCCUUGGUUGGGCGAUGCAAGAGGAGCAGGAUUGCCUCAGAAAGACGUUUACAAAUCAGAUAAUCCUAGUCUUUAGAAAGUUUAGAGAUGGACAAAAUGUGGAGAUUAAAAGAAGUCGGACAAGCAAAACAUGCAGAUAUUAUGUAUUGCUGCAUGUGCAAGAUAGUAAAUACACUUUGAAAACUA